UAAUGCACAGCAUAUCCCUCCUAACCCAAACAAGAUGGCCGAUAUUGUGGAGCGUGAUAAAAGAGCAUAAAACUGUAUAUUAACCAUUUAAUCGCCAUAGUUGACAGCGCGUAGUCAGAUGCACCAAACCGUAUUUGUAUUAUCAUCUCAAAACUACUUUUGAAUUUGCAUUUGUUGAGCUAGUUGCAUUUAACUUAUUGUUCAAAAGGUACUGUGCGAUUGACAAUAAACGGGACUACCCAAGCAAGCUUACGACGGUGUAGUGUCGUAAAAUAAUAAAACUGAAGCCUACGUCCAUUGACUUGACAGUUGAUUGAUGCAUCGGGUCAGUCCUCUGAUUUCACAGAAUGGACGACACCGACGCAGAAAGCAUUAAGCACAGUGAUCUACCAUUUUCCGAAACACAAGAACGUCUUAGAGAAGUUCAUACAUGGUGGGAGGUUCCAGCCAUAGCACAUUUUUGUUCCCUCUUCAAGGCAGUGUUUGGUUUCAGUGACUUUGACAUAGAGGACUUAGAAGAAGCACUUCUGACAUCACCUGCUCUGGGAGGUAGUACACUUGUCAUUGACAUAAUAUGUCAACUCUUAAAUGGAUGUUAUGCCAGGGAUGAUAUUAAGUAUUUCAACUAUGACCUGUUCCUGAAGGAUAUAUUUAAACAGCGAUGGCAACAAGAGCUUGGUCGCCCAAAUCCUCUGGCAGACACCCCCUUUCUUGGUUUACCUGUAAGGCAAAGAGUGGAAAUCUUACAUGCUCUUUGUGACUUUAGACUUGAUGCUGAUGAUGUUGCAGAAAUGUUAAAGGGCUUGAGUGGUGAUAGCCUACGUGUGGAGCCAUUAGGUGUUGAUGCCAAAGGAGCUAAGUACUGGUACUUUUAUGGGACUCGGCUCUACAGGGAAAUGCCUGAAUCUGCUAGUGCUAAAGAAAAGUUAAAUGAUGACAAAAGAACUCGCAAAAAAAGAAAGGGAUUGGAUUUGGAAGAGGAUGUUGAAGAGCCUCAAGAUAUAGAUGAAAAUGAUGCUUGUGAAAAGGGAAAAAGAAACCCAAUCCUAAGUGCUAGAGCUAUGAAAGCAGAUGCUGAUGAAGAAAUUGAAGACAGUGUUUUAAUGGAUGAAGAUAUCAAUGAACAUAUUACGGAAGAGGAGGUAGAAGAAGAAGAAGAGGAUGAAGCUCAGAAAGAGUUAGCUGAGGCGCUUCAGGAAAGUGAUGAUGAAGCAAUGGAUGAUGACAAAGAUGAUGUAGAUUUUGAAGAAGAACUGAAAAUGAAGAAAAAAACGACACGAGGCAGAAAAAAGUCCCCUGGAAAGAAGACACCUAUUAAAAGUGCAGAAAACUCUGAAAAUGAGACGAAGUACAUAGAAACUGUUACAAAAUCUAAAAGAAAAUCAAGUGGUAAAAAAAGGAGGAAAUCCAGAUCUAAGAGCAACAACAAAGAGCCAAAAGCUGAGAAGAAAGUUAAUCACAAAGAGAUAAAUGGUGAAACACCACAAAGGAAAAAGGCAACACAGAAUAAACAGUUGACAGAUCACCAGCCAACUCGUAGAUCUCGUCGUAAAAUGGCAGAGGAAGAAGCUCCAGAAAUUGUAUUUGAUCCUAGUCUUUCUAAAAAAGAACUCAAACGCCUAGCGAUUGAUGGCUUUCAUAACCAGUUUACUGGCCGUCACAGCAGGGACAGCAGUGUGAAUGGGGACAAGAUAAAACACAGCAGCAAUAGUAGUUUAAGCAGUGGGAUGGUCAAGAGCGAAGCUGAGGCCAUUCACAUGAAAAACAUAGAGCAGGCUGUCAACCAGUUAAACGCCAGCAUUCAGCAGGACACUGUUGUUGAUGAUAUAUCUGAGAAUACAGAAUCAGCAGUCAGAGGAAAUGUUUCACCCCAUGACAGUGUGUCAAAAAAGGGAAGUUCAAGAAGGAAAUCAACACCCCAGAGACGACAAAAUAAAGUAUCUGGCGAGGAUGUGACACAAUCAUCUGAGGGUGCUGCUCAAGACUUGCCAAACUCUAACCAGGAUGCUGGUGCAGAGGCCAAUGUUGCAGCAUCCAUUAACCAUGAAGUUCCUGCAGGAGAGACUGAUGUGGUUCAGUCAGAGUGUAGACCAACACAAUCUGAAACUGCUGCACCUGUUUCAGAAUCAAAAGAACCUGAUACCUCAGACACAAAGCAUGCCACAAGUCAACAAUUAGUCCAACAUGCUGAAACAGAUAAAACUGAAGAUAAUAGUAAAAUGAGUGACACAACAAAGAGUGACCCUGACCAAGUUGAUGAGAGCUGUAAUGUGAAAGAAUUAACCUCAGGUGAUGCUGAGCAUUUAUGUGAUGUUGAUCCAGUCCCAGAUGAACCAGCUUGUGAACAGGUUAAAACAUCUUCCACAGAUCCAAUAUCUAACGACAGUGUUGCUAAAGAUGAGAAUCUCAGUGAUAGUAAGGAUAUAGCUAAUGAGGUUGUAUUGUCUGAUGCUUGUGUUUCUAAAGAGAUUCUAGUUGACACAGAGGAGCAGCAUGAGGAUGACGAUGAAGAGGAGCAAAGGAUAAUUGAACUGCAAGAUGUUGAGGAUGAGAUGGAUGAAGACAAUGAGGUCAACUUAACAGAAGGUGAAUGGAGGACGCCUCUUGACUUGGACACUGUGGCCAGGAUGGAUGUAACAAAUGUAACUCAGACCCUCAUUACAGAACAGCCCUCAGAUAGCACAGAGCAAUCCACUAACAUUACAGAAGAAUCUUCAAAUAUUACAGAUCAGUCUAAGGACUUGACAGAAAAAUCAUCAAAUAUUGUAGCUCAAUUAAAUGACAUUACAGAAGAGUCUUCAAAUAUUGCAGAUCAAUCCACUAACACUACAGAUCAGCCUAAGGACUUGGCGGAAGAAUCUUCAAGUAUUACAAAUCAAUGCAUCAACAUUACAGAAGAAUCUUCAAAUAUUGCAGAUCAAUCCAAUAAUAAAGAAGAAUCAUCAAAUACUGUAGAUCAAUCUACAAAUCUUACAGAAGAAUCUUCAAAUAUUGCAGAUGAGUUAAAGGACGUUAAAGAAGAAUCAUCAAAUAUUGCAGAUCAGUCAAAUAACAUUACAGAAGAAUCAUCAAAUAUUGCAGAUCAGUCAAAUAACAUUACAGAAGAAUCAUCAAAUAUUGAAGGUGAGUCAAAUAACAUUACAGAAGAAUCAUCAAAUAUUGCAGAUGAGUCAAAUAACAUUGCAAAAGAAUCAUCAAAUAUUGAAGAUGAGUCAAAUAACAUUACAAAAGAAUCAUCAAAUAUUGCAGAUGAGUCAAACGACAUUACAGAAGAAUCAUCAAAUAUUGCAGAUGAGUCAAACAACAUUACAGAAGAAUCAUCAAAUAUUGCAGAUCAGUCAAAUAACAUUGCAAAAGAAUCAUCAAAUAUUGCAGAUGAGUCAAACGACAUUACAGAAGAAUCAUCAAAUAUUGCAGAUGAGCCCAUCAGUGUAACAAAAGAAUGUUCUGACAAUGAUGAUCAAACCUCCAGCAUAACCAAAGAAUCUCCAAAUAUAACAGUGAUAUCCACCGCUGAGCUAUCCUCAAUUACAAAUCAUGCAGCAAACAUUACAGAUGAAUCUUUAAAUAUUACAGACCAAUCUGUCAUUACAGAUAAAUCCUCGAAUAUUAUUGAUCAAUGCUCAAUAAUUAUAAAUCAGUCCACUACCAUUACAAAAGAACCUUCUAUUACAGAGGAAACCACCAUAAUAGAGCUACCCACCAAGUAUUUAAAUGAACCCAUGACUGAGCAGCCCAUCAUUACAGAAGAAGCCAGAUUUUUAGCCGAGCAGCCUAUAGAUGUUACAGACUACAGUCAUGUUGACAUACCCACCGACAUACUCGUAGACAGUCAAGCCAGGGCAUUAUCUCUCACAAGAUACGAUGUGCCUGACAGUGAGUGUGCUAUUGAUUUAUCCUAUACGAGCAGGGCAAACAUAAGUGCUCACUUUUCAACCCUGCCCUCUGAUGAGGCUUUGGAUCUUAGUGUUUCUCAUACUCACAGAAUGUGUUCCACUGUGGCCAUGAAUGAUUCUACUCCUGCAAGCAAUGUGCCACCAGUGGGAGUUGACUUAUCAAUUCCUAUAAAAGAAGCAGUGAUUGACUAUGUUCCUAAAAGUGAAGAAAUGGAUGUGGAUGAAGUAGACGGGGUCGUAGGAGAAACUGUGGACCCAACUGAAAGUUCACAGCAGAAGGAAGAGUCUUCAGAUGCACCAGUUGAGCCAGAAGGUAACUGCAGUCAACCAGGCUCUGACAACAUCGUGUUGUCUCCUGUGUCACAGGACAGCCCAGUUGAAGAGAUAACACAUGUAUCAGAGGAAGUACCUGAAGCAGAGAGUUUACUAGGCCACUUUAAGGCAGAUGGAACACCUGUAGAAGGAAGUUUACCUGGAACGCCUGUAGUAGAAGGUUUAGCUGACCACAAUAGGCCAGAUGGAACACCUGUAGAAGAAAGUUUACCUGACCACAAUACUACAGAUGGAACACCUGUAGUAGAAGCUUUAUCUGGUCAUCCCCAGCAGCUUACCACUGCAGCCUCUAAUGAAGAAAUGGUUGAUCCUGAGGAGGAAGAGGAGGAAGAGCUGAAAUUGAAAUGUAUGGAGACUCUAGGACUUGCUGUUAACAAAAAUCGAUACAAAGCAAAGAUCAGGGUAAAGGCUGGGGAACAAGAGCAUGUUGUUGACACUCCAAUCAUUGGAGUUGUUGACAAAGAUAAGACAGAAACAGUGACAAGUGUUGGUGAGAAAGAGAACACAAUACAGGGUGUUGGUGUUAAUGAAAUGGACACUUCUAAAGUAGUAGAAACUUGUAAUGCUGAAGUUACAGAGGAUAAUGUGUUAGCCAAACCAACAGAGGAUGAUGCAUCAGUAUCCCUGAUAGUAUUGGAUACAAAUAUGACUAUUCAUUUUACUAAACCUGAACCCACUGGCCAGGCAGAAACUGAAGAUACAGAAACUUCUACAGUACCUGAAUUAACCAACAAUGAAGAGAGGGAAGCAGGUGCUGGAAAGGAAGAGAACACUAAAGUAGUUGUUGAGAUGGUGUUGGAAGACAUUGUAGACAGAGUGCACACAGCCGUUUGUUCUGAGAGUUCAUUGAAUGAAGUCUCAAGUGAAGAGAGUACAGAGACUCAUCAAGGUGGAGAGGGAGACAGUGGUCCUGACAAAAUGGAUGUCAGCUGUGAAGAAAAAGAUGGCAGUUCAUGUCAGACAACAUGUGCAGGGGUUGAAGCUGUCAAUGAACAGGCAGCGACAGCUUCAGAUGAAAAAGUUGAUGAAACCUUCCAGUCAUCAGGAGUGACAGCUAAUGCUGAAGGAGACGAGCUGAUAAAAGAACAAGAUAAAGUAGUGGAAGAAUGUUCUGAUGCUUGUAUCGCUAUGGAAACAGAGGAAAAGCACAUGGAUGUUGUUGAAGAUUCUUUGAAUGUUACAAGUGCAUCUGUGUUAGAAGCUGCAACAGACAAGGAUAACUCACAAGAAAACAUAGCUGUGUUGGCAGCUAUUGAUAAUGUAACAUCACCCCCACAGCCGGGUAAUAAAGAUACUGAUGAGCCAAAGUCUGUAGAAGAAAGACUGUCAAGUGUUGAUGAGAGCCAGGUUGUGCUCAAUGAAAACUGUACUGAUACUGCACCAGCUGAUCACACUGCCACUGAUAUGGAUGUAGAGCUAUCUCCUGAGGACAGAGGUGACCAGCUAGUGACUGAUGAGCUGGUUGCUAAAGAAGACACGCCCUGUGAUGUCACAAUGGUAGAGGAUGUGUGUCAUGGAGCUGAUGAAGCACCUGAUGUUAGUGAAGGUAGCAAGGUAUGUUCAGGCACUUGUCAAGCUGAAGAAGAUGGUUCUCAAAAAGAAAAAGCUGAAAAUACAAGUUCAGUUGAUGUAACAAAUGAACAGUUGGCCACUGUUGUUGAUAGAGUCACUGAAGAUCUACCAGUGUCAAGUGAACUGUCAGACACCGCUGUGGACACAAACACUACUGUACCUAAAGAAGAGUGCAUUGAAAUAAUAGAGGAAGUCCCUGCAGCUCCCAUCUCACAAGCAGCACAAGAACCCACAGGUCUAGUCAUACCAGAGGAGCACACAGCUCUUGAGGAUACCAUCAAGACUGAUGAGACAACACAAGUGAAGGAAGAGCAAAAAGAUGAUAUUAAAGUUGAGACUUCCAAAGAUCUUAGCUUAGUAGAAGAGGAGAAAAAGAUCAAAGAUGAAACCGCAAUGGAUUAUGUUGCCUUGUAUGCAGAUGACAAACCUUUGAGGGGUGGCCUGAGCCACUGGCAGCUAGUGUGUGAAAGUGUGGAAGAUUGGGAACACCUGACUGAAGAGUUUAAAGACACUAAAAUCUACAAAGAAAAACAGUUGUACAAGACUUUAAAAAAUGAUUUCCUGCCUGAGAUACCUACCAUCAUGGAGGACAAGGAAAGAGCAAGAGAAAAGAGAGCCCAAGAAAUGUUGCCCAAGAGAUCUUCCUACAGAUUAGAGCUCAAAAAACUGGAGGAAGAGGAAAAAGAGCGUUUAAAUAGAGAAGCUGAAGAAGAGGAAGAAAGGCUGAAAGCCAUAGCAGAUGAGGAGAAAAGGCAGCAGUUAAAAUUAGAAGAAGAAAAGAGACAGAAAGAAGAGAAAGAGAGGGCUAGAGCAGAGAGGGCAAAUAGAGCUAGGUUGAGGGAAGAAAGAGCUCGACUUAUUGCUGAGGGUAAAGAGAUACCACCUGAGCUGAUGAAUGGACUCAAACAAGAAGAUAAUGAAGAUGAUGUUGAUGAGCAAAUGCAAUACAAUUUUGAAAAAGUGUUACUCAACAUCAAACGUAAUGAGCACUCAUGGCCAUUUUUGGAAGCUGUUGAAGAAGUAAAUACACCAGAUUUCUUUGAAAUGAUCAAGGAACCCAUAGAUUUGCUACAGAUAGAAAAAAAAUUGUCUGAGAAAGCUUACAAGUCACCAGAACAGUUUGAGAGGGAUAUGAAUCUUGUGUUUGACAACUGUAUUGAGUACCAUGGCAAAGACAGUGACUUUGGUUACAUGGCAGAAAAUUUAAAAGGUGUGUUUGAGCGCAGCAUGAGAAGAACAUUUCGUGUCUACCUGGAGCCUGCCUGUCAUCGAGCAACCAGAAAACGUGAGAGUUGGGGGGAGUCCACAUACCUGCAGGAGUAUGGCUACGCUGGCCAGAGGCAUCCUUACAAAAGGAGAAGGUAUUCUGACUCAGAUUCUGAACCAGAUUCUUAUACUUCUGGGAAGAUUCUUUAUUCCUCUGGAAGAAGAUGGGGAGAAGAUGAAGAUGAAAAUCAAAAGAAACUUGCCGCAAACAAUGAAAGCUCUUCCAACCAGGAGGAUGAUGAAUUUAAGCCAAGAGCUACAUGGAGCUAUCGUCGUGAAUUGCUGGGGGGGAGCAGCGCCAAAGACUUUGAGUCGUACAUUCCCAAAAGUGCAAAAGGUGAAUCGGAGGAGACGCCAAAAAAACAUGGUGUGGACUUGAGCAAAUAUCCAGGUGCAAAGUUCAGAUAUUCCCUUCCAUUCAGGGAAACUGUGCGCACUCUUCCUUGCAUCACCAUCAACCAGUACAUUAAAAAAUCCAAAUCAGAAAACGGGAAAAAUGUGCAAGAACCAAAACCUGCUCCACCACCUGUGGCUGCACCAGCCAAACCGCCCGUCAAGGUUGUCAAGAUUUCUAGAGAAGAGUACGAGAAACUUCUUGCCCAGAACAAAAUAACAGUUCUAGAUGCCAACAGCCCUGCAGGCCAGGUGGUUAAGCUAAAGGCUGGCCUCCAGCUGAAGGAAACCAACGUGUCCCCAAAGCCUGCCAUUUCUCCAGGGGCUGGCCCAGAUGCCAGCAACACAACCAUCAAAAGCUCAACUCAUCCUCCAGCUGAGAUUAAACAGGAGCAGCCCCUGCCAGUUAAAAAAAUAGCUGGGUUCAAACCUCUUUCACCUAGUGUUGACAUUAAGGAACGCUUGAGAAAGGUGAAUGAAAGACUAGCAAGCAAGCUGAAAAGUCCUAUCACAAAGGAAGUAGCUGUAUUUGAAGGCAAUGCUAAACUUGUGCAAGGGCAAAUGCUGUUUAAUGUUGCUCCAGAUAAAAUGUCCAAUACCUCGACAAUUUAUGGCAACAGCAGAGUUUCUCAUGGGCCAAAGUCCAGUCAAUACUAUCAUCCUGUUAAGUUGCCUGCCAUUGAUCAGCCUGAUCAUGUGACCUCACCUCCAGUCAAAAAGGUCAGGUUCAGUGAAAUUAUUCUCCAUGAGGACCAUAAAGAGACCAAAAUUCCUUGUGUCAAAUCACAGAAUUCUGGGAACAAUUCACAUGAAGAAAGGGUAGGCACAGAGUCAGGUAAACUAUUUCAUGAUGGAGCCACAUCUUCAAAGAACCCAGAGUUGAAAUCUACAACAGCUAAAAAAUCUACAGCAGAUUUUUCUACUGGAACUCCACAAAAACUGUCUGUUUAUGAAAAAUGGAAGCGGAGGGCUGAAAGAUCUAUGGAGAAGUUCUCUUCUGAUACAGAUCAAACAUCCAGAAAGAGGCUGAGAGAGCAAGCUGGCAAAGAUGAAGGUGAGCCAGGUGUUAAAUAUUCUAAAACUUCACACAGUGAACAUUCCAUUAAUGAUGGAAACUCUGAAGUACAUUUGAAUUCAGAAAAUACAAAACAUGCACUUUCUGAAGAAGGUGUUAAAGACUCUGGGCUUUCAGAUGCUGCACAGCUUUCUGAAGGUAGUCAAGAUUCAGGGCUUUCAGCUGCUGCUCAUGAUGAAGACAGCAAACCUAAUGGCAAACUGAGCCAGUCUUCAGACAGUGACUCAUUUUACAAAGCUCUCGAACUACAGCAUAAAGACUCCACACAGGAACCCAUGGAUGAAUCUUGUCCAUCGCUAGAAACAGCAUGCCCUCAGCAACCUUCUGGCUCUUCUGAUGAACCUCCUCCAGUGUGUACCAACGCUUCCACAGUAUCACCGUCCACUAGUGCACACCCUCCAGCUACAGCAUUCAAACUGACUGGUCUGACAAAUCAAAUAGCUCAGGCAAUAGCACAGAAGAAGAAAUGUGUGCUGGAGGAGAAGAGGAUGGAGGAGAGCUGUGACUCGCCCCGGGCGCUCAGCCCCCCACUCCUUGAGCCUAUAGAGCCGGCGGCAGCAUGCAGCAGAGAAUCUCGAGACAGCACACCUGAAGAUGAUGAAAUGCCGGUGCUAGUCCCAGACCAGAUGCCUCCAUCACUUGUUGAGCCAGGCUCUGAUAACAUCUUCCAGCGGAUGAUGAGUCCAGAAAUAAGUAAAAUCUAAAGCAUCUUUUAUCUCUUCAUAUACAUCCUAUUGUGAUUUGUGUUUGUGUGCAUAUAAUAAGACCAUAUAUAUAUACUUAUUUAAAAAGAAUUGCAAAUAAAAUAUAAAAAUUAUUACACCUUUCAUUAGAUAAGAACAGGUGUUUUAAAUUGCUUGGUUUACAUAGAAUACUGAGUAGGAUUGCAGGCAAUAUUUAAAAAUAUUUUUUAAUUGAAAGAUGUAUCAAUGAAAGUUGAAGAUUUCUCAUUACAAUUAGUAUUUUAUUAAUACAAAUCAAGGUAUUAGCUGUAUGUUUGUUUGAAAUGGGUGGUCUCAUAUGGGAUCUGUUUACUGUGUAGCUAUAAUGGUACAAGGCUGCCAGGUACACUCAGUCCCAUUGGGUUUAGAACUUCCAUACCUGUUAUAGUCAGUCACUUUUCUCUAAUUGUCAGUCUCACUUGAAUGUUUUGGUCCAAUGGUGUCUACAGUGUAAGGUCUAACCAAAAAGGUCAUGUGCUAUGGUUUUGUUGUAUUAAAGAAAGUGUAAACAAUAUUCCUGUAAAUUUUGUACAUUCAAUUCAUGUAGCAUUUCUCCCUUAGCAUGGACUAAUAUACUCCUCAAUGGCUUUUAUAGGAUGUAUUACUGUUGUUGUAUAUAUUUUUGUGGGAUUUUUGAGUGUGAAUAUUUCUUUGCUAACCAACAUUAACCGCAAGAGUAGCCUACCUUGUCUGGGGCUUUUUGUAUUUGUUUUUUUUUUGUUAACAUAUUGUGCAAUAAGAUGUGUUAGAACACUUGAAUAGUUUUUUUUAGUGGUGUCUCUUUACAGGCCAGCUUGGGUGUAAGCUUGACCAGAUGUUGACCAGUGGUUAGUGUUGGGUGUAAGCUUGGUCAAAUGUUGACCAGUGGUUAGUGUUGGGUGUAAGCUUGGCCAGAUGUUGACCAGUGGUUGGUGUUGGGUGUAAGCUUGGCCAGAUGUUGACCAGUGGUUAGUGUUGGGUGUAAGCUUGGCCAGAUGUUGACCAGUGGUUAGUGUUGGGUGUAAGCUUGACCCAGAUGUUGACUAGUGGUUAGUGUUGGGUGUAAGCUUGACUAGAUGUUGACCAGUGGUUAGUGUUGGGUGUAAGCUUGGCCAGAUGUUGACCAAUGUUGACCAGUGGUUAGUG